AGGGGUGUGAGGAGGGUCUGGGGAACCCUGAGGGGACCAUGGUCAUGGAGGACAACCAGACUACACCUCCUCCUGAACCCACAGUUGAACCAGCUGAGCAGGACAGGACCACACACAGUCUCACUGAGUCAGUAGACAUGGAGGAUGGGAACCCUGAUCUGCUGCUAGUCAAAGAGGAGACAAUAGAAGACGGACCAGAGAGCAUUGAUCUGCUGGGUGGACUAAAGAUGGGGGAGCAAGGUGGUUGGCUGGAGGCUAAUAGAGGAGACUGGGUGGCCAUCUUGGAUUCCCAGACCCAGACCGGUGCAGCCAAUGUCCCAGGUGACGACAUCACUGAGCAGGCCAGGACCAGAGGUGACAUAGUGGAGGUCAGUGGAUGGGACGGUGUCCUCAACUCUGGGGUAGGGAACAACACCGUUAACCACAACCAGAAACGGACAGUCGAACACAAAACAACAUCCAAUCUUAGUCUCCAUGACAACAGACUGGAUGAGACCAGGCCGAGGCGUAGAUUUGGUCUGCAGGAACGGGGAGGUGUCCAUAUGCGGCGGGAGAGAACAGAUACAGACUCUGCUAGCGAUGCUCUGUCUUGCUCCUAUAGUUGUGAUUCAGAGAGACUGAUGGCGCCUCAGGUUAACCCCCUAACAGGUUCUGCCUUCACCCUGCCUUCUAUGGGAUCUAUCAACUGGAACAUGGACCCACAGACACUCCCUGACAUUCGUCCUCCUCACACUCUCCUAAUAAACCAGAUCUCAGACAAUGCCAGUGCCUCAACACUAAAUAGCUACACAAGCCCAUCGACAAAUGACAGUAGUGGAGACAGAAUCAGUAAAGGUGGCGGCAACAAAGAGAAGCGCUUCCCGUGUUCGUUCUGUGGGAAAGCCUUCAGUUUCCCCCAACAGGUGGCAAUCCACCAGAGGUUGCACAUGGGAGAGAAACCGUUCAGCUGCAACCUGUGCCGGGCUAGUUUCUCCCACUCGUCCAACUUGAAGAGACACCAGAGGGUCCACACAGGGGAGAAACCAUUCGGCUGCCACUUGUGCCGGGCCAGUUUUUCACACUCGUCCAACCUGAAGAGGCACCAGAGGGUCCACACAGGGGAGAAACCCUACAGCUGCCCCAGUGUGAGAAUAAGUUCUCCCACCAGCAUCAGCUGAAGAUGCACCUGAAGGUCCACACGGGAGAAAGUUGUUUGCCUGUACACACUGCGGAGAACGCGGGAAGAGGUUCUCAGAGAGGAGCUACCUCAGGAUACACCAACAGAAAAUGCACUCAGCCCAUGUAUAGUGUCAUAUAAUGUAAUAGGAGUUAGUUUGUUUGUAGUUAAUUCUGUUGAUUUUGGAUGUAGUAGGGAACUGGAUGAGGUGAACUGAGGAAAGAAUGUGUAUGAUGAGGCAGAGUAAAUGAUAUGGCGAUGGUUGGUGUGAUGGUGUCUGUAAAAUUGCUUCACUGAUGAAGGGUGACAAACUUUGUCUCUUUAGGUUGAUACUGGUGUUUUAUAGUGAGAUAAUGAUAGUGCCUUAGUUCAUGACAUGAAGUAGUGAAGAUCUAUGUGGUGUGCAUUUCCACAGUAACAGUGACGCUGAGACUUACAUUUUCACUUUAAAUUGUAUGCCAGGCAAAAACCAUUGAUUGCAAAGUUUAACAAACCAUACACCUAUAUGCAGAAGUCUACUUUUAACAAUUGCCACUGAAUAUUUUACUAAAACACAUUUACUUGAGGAACAGCGCAGAUGCAAAGUUUGGUAAAAGAAUAACAGUUUUUUGUUUUCCAAAAUCUUUGUUAAAUAUCUACUCAGAAUUAAGAUUCAAAUAUGUCUGCAGAAAGAAUGGGGUCUCAGCGAUGAUAUGACACCUUGAGUUUGCAAAAAACUAUUUUGGAAAUUGAACUACAGUAAGUGAAAUGGAUCAACACCCAGUAACAGAAUGAUGGUAACAUAA